AUGGAGAAUGAAGAUAUUUACAACUUGAUCGUAAAGUUACUUAGCAAUUUAUAUACUCCAAAAGAUGAACAAAAUAAUGAAAGUAAUUCGUCGGCGAAUGCACAAGUCGUCCCGGUUGCUUCAUCGUCAAUGUCAUCGACGGUGUUUAUUACUUUGUUGACAGAAAUUUGUGAUAUGUUGAAAAAAAAUAAGAAGACUACUAGGGAUCGUAUGCAUUCAAGUUUUAAAGACAUAUGUGGGAAACUAGAAAUAAUUGAUAAUCCUAGUGACAAUCCAGUGAGCAGUACACGAUACAAAAAUGAUUUUGAGGAAAUAAAAUUUAUCGCAUCCGGUAGUUUUGGAAAUGUCUAUAAAGCUCGUCACCAUCUUGACCAACACGAGUACGCCAUUAAAAAAAUUUGUGUAACACGUGAAAAGUCUUACAAAAUAUUAAAAAUACUAGAAGAAGUAAAGACACUAGCCAGAUUGCAACAUAGAAAUAUAAUAUCAUACAGAAAUGCGUGGAUCGAAAAUGGUCCUUUAGAAAAUGUACCUCUUAUUCCAGACUCCGGAGACGAUGAGUCGACAGCUAGUAGUAAAAAUAUUGAUAGUCAUCAUAAUAGUCGUGAUAACUCGCCUCAGAAGUCAUCGCAGCUAUCUAACUGCUUCAGGAAAUUGUCUGUAAGAGAUUCCAAAGAAUCCGGGUGCUCUAGUACUGUCGAAAUUAGGACUAAUGGUAAUAAUGAUAGCGAUAGUGAUGGUAGUAGUAACAGUAAUGGCAGCAAGAUAAAUAUUUGUGAAAAUAAUGACGCUGAUUUUCAUGGUCAACUCAAGCCGCCAGUGAUUAAUAAAGGAAUUAGUCGUUUUAAUGAUAAAAGUAUCGGUAAUUCCAAUUCGUCUGAGUCUAUUGAUUCGUUUAUUGUCUUUAGAGAAGAAAAUAGUAAUUCUAAUAGCAAUAGUCCUCCCUCAGCGAGUAGUUCUAAAGAAAAUAGUUCUAAUGAUGGAGACAAAAGUAGUUCAGAAGAAUAUUGUAUUAAAGAAAAUAAUAUUAAAAAAAUUGAUAUUGGAGAAAUUAAUUCUGAUGAUGGAGACAAAAGUAGUAGAGAAGAAUAUUGUAUUGAAAAAAAUGAUAUAAAAAAAAUUGAUGUUGGAGAAAAUAGUAUUGAAGAAAAUAAUUCUAAUUUAAAAAGAAAUAGUCAACAAGUUUGCGAAUACAAACCUAGACCAGAUGUUUUAACUCUGUACAUUCAAAUGGCAUUAUGUGAGCAGACACUGAGAAAGUGGUUGGAUAAAAGAAAUAAAGCAAAUGAAACCAGCCCGGAAUCAGUAAUUAAUGAAAUAUAUAAGCAAAUUUUAAUGGGCUUGCAAUACAUUCAUUCGCGUGGCAUUGUUCAUCAUGAUAUUAAACCGGGUAAUAUUUUUAUUUCAACAUCAAAAAAACUUCAAAUACAGAUCGGAGAUUUUGGUCUAGCUUGCUUAUCUAAAGAAACUGAUGGCCAUAAACCAGUUGGGACUGAAAUGUAUGCAGCGCCUGAACAACUUAAUGGUAGUUGUGAUUCAAAGAGUGAUUUGUAUAGUCUCGGAAUCAUCCUUGUAGAGUUAAUAUAUCCAGCAACAACUUUCAUGGAGCUUAAUGAUAUAGUAAGAUCAUUAAAGCAAGGAAAAAUUCCUGAUUCUUUGGAUAAGCAGUACAAAAAAUACGCUGAAGUGAUCAUAAAGCUACUAAUUGCUGAUCCUAAUGAGCGACCAUCAGCGGACAACCUGCUAGAAGAGUUUGAGACCAACAAGGAUUUCAUCAUAGAUAGACUAAAAGCAGACAUUGAAGAUAAAGAAAAAGACAUAGAAUUUUUAACAAAUCUCAAUUUUAUGCUGCUAAAUUCAUUGAAAAAAGAAAAAGAAACAUUACGGGGUGUUAAAAUAAAAAGAGUACUCGGUGGUAUAAAAGAUAAGCACUUGAAAAAAAAGUAA